GCGGGAGAAUCUCCAGUGUAUAUAGGAGAUGCUAAGGGUUGGAGUCUCUGGUAAACACAUCCAUAAGACCAUAACAAAAGUAUUUACAUGAUUUUAUAGGGGAAAUGUGACUUUGUGUGUGUGAAAACUUGGCCGAUAGGCGUAGGGGGAAAGUAGGUGGAAAUGCGCAUGCGUGAUAGGUAGAAAUGAAAAUUUUGAGUGGCAGCCCUUGCCCCCUAUAUAGUGGAUAGUGGUUAAGAUGGUGGGAUGCAGGUUUUGCAUUGUCACGUUUCCAAGAAGUACAGUAUAGCAUAGUACAGCCUGUACUGCGCAUAUAAAGAAGCAAUCGUGCGACUUGCAGCGCAUUUGCGGCGUGGCCAUCGUAGCGUACUUAUUACUGUUAAUUGUGGACAAUGGCGAAUCAUGAUAUCGGGCGCGAUAAAUUGGUGCCGGCAGAAUAUUCUCCUUCCGUGGAUCCGCCAUGCUACCAUCCUUCAGUCGACGCUGAGAGUACCUAUCCACCACCAGCGGGAGCUUAUCCAGCACCGGGAGCUUAUCCACCAGCGGGAGCUUAUCCACCAGCGGGAGCUUAUCCAGCACCGGGAGCUCAUCCACCAGCGGGAAGUUGGACUCCUUAUCCCGUAAUAGUACAACAGCCACCAAGCACCACCAACACUGCAGUGUCAGUAACUGUGAACCAAAAAGAUAAGAUCAAUCACUGCCUUCACUGCUGUGUUAGCAUUUUCUUCUUUCCAUGGAUUAUCGUUUGGAUAUGUCUGUGCAUAUGUAAUUAAGCAGCCUAUCAAGUCAUGGUGGUGCAUCGAAGCCAUCGAUUCCAAAGACACCAGCAUAUUAAAGUUACAUUCCACUGCCAGGAGGAACAUGUUCAGUGGCAUUUUAUUUUUUUAGGUAGCUGGAGAAUGAUUCAUGAAUCUGAUUUAUUUUCUAAUUAACCUGCAAUAUAUUAUUGCUUUUACAAAUAUAUCUUCCAGUUAAUUUUGGCGGAAUUAAUAAUAAGGGCGUCAAGG